AUGGGGGACGGCAAUCAAGUUGCCGCCGACGACGACAGAGAGCUAGAAGGCGCGGUCGGUGGGGUGAUGAAGAAAACGGAUGCCGAGAAGGAUCAAGUGAAGUUCAACCCCACAUUUCCAGCUGCAGCGAAGCCAGUGGACGUCGGCAGAUCGACAGGAAUCGAUCACCCAGGAAAGGGCAAACCAUCAAAAUCCGAUGACGUAGAGUAUCUACAACAAAUGCUCGAGCAGUACAAGACGCUGUACUUAGCAGAAAAGCAGAAAAACCAGCAGCAGCCAUCGAUGCCGGAUAUUUGUGGCAGCAAAGGAGCAUACCCGAAAAUGAAGGCCGUCGAGAAUGCGGAUGAGCGUCCUGCAUCAUCAACCCCGAAGCCGACUGGGGAAAGGCAGGAUGACACCGAGAAGCUACACAAGCUUAUGUCGCAUUCAGCAACUGACGGAUCGGGAGAAGAUGUCCAAGCCGGCCAAAGGCCAACUACAGAUGGCGUAUUUGGGUUACGCCAAGGCAUCUUUCGGAGAAGCAACGUUCCAGCCGUUGGUAACGCGUCAUUUGCCACCGGAAUCCAGCGACCAAGAAGCCCAAGUGACACGGUACCUGAUGGGGCACCUAUUGGGAGUGUUGACCAUCCAGCCGUUCUUCAGAUGCGGCCUGAACCCGCCAUAUUCCCAGUAGCAGUCGGUCCCACGCCUCAACAGCUUGCCGCUCGUCAAAUUCUACCCCGAGAUCUACCAAGCUUCUCCGGAAACCCCGCGGAUUGGCCUGUAUUCAUCAGCCAAUACACGUAUACGACCGAAGCGUGCGGCUAUAGUGACGGCGAGAAUAUGAUUCGCUUGCAGCGCUGCCUGAAGGGUGCAGCCUGGGAGGCUACAAGAAGCCGCCUGAUUCUCCCCGCAUCUGUACCCCACGUCAUUGAGUCGCUUCGUAUGCGCUAUGGGCGGUCCGAGCUGCUGAUUGAGUCGCUGAUUGAGAGGGUCAGGAGCACACCAAGUCCCAAAGCGGACAAGCUGGACACCAUCAUCGAGUUCGGUACGAAAAUUCAAACCUUGUGUGAUCAUAUCACAGCGGCGAACCUUUUGGAUCACCUCGGCAACCCGACCUUACUGAAGGAUCUGGUUGAAAAGCUGCCGGCGGAGUAUAAAAUGAGAUGGGCGACGUACCGGAGGAAUCGACCGCUGGUGAAUCUCCAAACGUUCGGCGAGUAUAUGGAGGAAGUCGUCGCCGAUGCAUGCAGCGUAUCGUCAUACGGAGGAAGUGAGAGCGAAAGGUUCGUAAAGCGUGAAAAGGGAAGGACACCCGACCGAACUCUUCUUCAUUCCGAUGCCGGGGGAAACAGUAACACGUUAGCGAAAAGUUACAGUAACCGGCCCAUAGAUUCCAGCAACAGCUUCGAGUGUGCGAUUUGCAAGAAGAUCGGACAUCGUGUGAGGGAUUGUACGACAUUCAAGGCACUAGCAAUCGACGAACGUUGGAAAAGGGUUCAAAGUCUCGGAUUAUGCCGAACUUGCUUGUACAACCAUGCCAGACGAUCGUGUCGUAUCACCAAUAGAUGUGGGGUGAACGGUUGCCUAACUCGUCACCAUCCCCUCCUACAUUCCACCCCAAAAGAUACAACGACUUCCAACGUACCGGCACCACUGGACCAUCACUUCCAUAACCGAGACCUUCCAUCCUUGUUGUUCCGUAUAAUUCCUGUCGUUUUGUACAGCGGAGCGAACAAAGUAGCUACGUACGCUUUUCUGGAUGAAGGGUCCAAUAUUUCGAUGAUCGAACGGCAGUUAGCAGCGACGCUGAAGGUGACUGGCUACCGGCAUCCGUUGUGCCUUAAAUGGACUGGUAACGUGACGAGGGAAGAGAAUGAUUCGCAGCGGAUUACGAUAGAGAUUUCGGGCACCAAUCAACGAGCACCGAGGUAUAUUAUGACCGAUGUUGGAACCGUGGACUCCCUCGACUUGCCCAGGCAAAGUUUGCCGAUCGAGAAGCUAGCCGAGAGGUUCGGGAAUCUGCGAGGUCUGCCCAUUCAGGGGUAUCACAGUGUUACACCUCAGUUGCUAAUUGGAGUUGACAACCUUAAACUGGCAGUCCCACUCAAGGUAAGAGAAGGCAACGUGGGCGGCCCAGUUGCCGUGAAAACAAGGCUUGGAUGGUGCGUAUACGGAGGUCAUCGGGACGAAAGACAGCUGUCCGUCAACUACCACGUCUGCGAGUGUUCAGAUGGCGAUUCCCUUGACAAAACAUUAAAAGCGUAUUUUUCACUUGAAGAAGCUGGAAUACAACCGACCGGCGCCGGAGUAACUGCGGAAGAUGAGCGCGCCUUACGAAUCCUCGAACAAACUACCCACUAUGCCAAUAAUCGAUACGAAUCGGGUCUGUUAUGGAAAUACGACGAUUUUGAAUUUCCUGACAGCUACCCUAUGGCUGUCAAGCGGUUCGAAUGUCUGGAGCGCAGGUUGGCCAAAGAUCCAAUACUCAACGAAAAUGUUCGGAAGCAGAUCCACGAGUACGAACAAAAAGGCUACGCACAUCGCGCGUCACCCCAGGAGCUGAAUAACGUUGACCUUCGUCGCGUGUGGUAUUUGCCACUUGGAGCCGUAACCAACCCUAGAAAACCCGGAAAGGUGCGGCUCAUCUGGGACGCCUCUGCAAAGGUUGAUGGUGUUUCUUUGAACAGUAUGCUACUGAAAGGGCCCGAUCAGAUGACACUUCUUCCUGCGGUACUUUUCCGUUUCCGGCAGUAUCCAGUCGCUGUAAGCGCCGACAUCAAGGAAAUGUUCCAUCAGGUACGAAUUCGGCCAGAAGAUCGACAUUCUCAACGGUUUGUGUAUCGAGCUGACCCAACGGCGCCGCUGGAGACGUACCUGAUGGAUGUGGCCACUUUCGGGUCAACUUGUUCCCCCGCCACUGCCCAAUACGUGAAGAAUACGAAUGCCAACCAGUUCGCACAUGAAUAUCCCAGGGCAGUUCAAGGAAUCAUCUACAACCACUACGUGGAUGACUACCUUGACAGCUUUGCCACCGCAGAAGAAGCUUCCCAAGUCGCGUCGCAGGUGAGAGCGAUCCAUGAGCAUGGUGGAUUCGAGAUCAGGAAUUGGUGCAGUAAUCAACGAGUCAUCCUGGAACAACUUGGAGAGGUCAAGAAACAAACCGUCAUCGAUCUUACCUCCGGUACCGAUAAACAGUCGGAACGGGUCCUCGGCAUUCUGUGGGAUACACAAGAUGAUGAAUUCCGAUUCAGCACUUCCUUGCCCGACGAUAUAACCCACCUGCGAACGCAUAACACUAAACCGACGAAACGGCAAUUAGCGCGGUGCGUCAUGUCGUUUUUUGAUCCUCAAGGAUUUCUGGCGCCAUACUUGAUAUUCGGGAAAGUGCUGCUACAGGAUACCUGGCGCUAA